AUGUCUAGUGCUGAAGUGGUGGGCAAUUCGGUUGAUCCUCCAGCCAAGAAGCGGAAACUUGCUACAGGAGACUCAACUGGAGCGAAAUCCGUUUCACAGGCUAUUUCAGACAUGGCGCAGAAUGGAUCAGCCUCAACUUCUCAAGACAUCGAUGAAGGACUAUAUUCAAGGCAGCUUUAUGUUUUGGGCCAUGAUGCUAUGCGCCGCAUGGCCAGCUCCGAUGUACUUAUUUCCGGGCUUGGUGGGCUGGGAGUAGAAGUUGCUAAAAAUGUGAUAUUAGGUGGUGUGAAGUCCGUGACACUGCAUGACGUAGCCCAAUGUAAGAUCGAGGAUUUAACUUCGCAAUUUUAUUUGUCCGAAGAUGAUGUAGGAAAAAAUCGUGCCGAAGCUUCUUUGCGGCAAUUAAGCGAAUUAAACACAUAUGUUCCAACAGAAGUUUAUACUGGCGAGCUUACUGAAGAUUAUAUUAAAAAAUUCAGAGUGAUUGUCUUAACCAGUAGCUCGUUUGCGGAACAGUUAAGAAUAUCCGAGGUUACUCAUGCUAAUAAUAUUGCACUUAUCAUUGCUGAUACCCGAGGAUUAUUUGCUCAAGUCUUUUGUGACUUUGGGGAUGAAUUUUCUGUUGUUGAUGUAAAUGGAGAACAGCCAGUUUCAGCAAUGAUUGCAAGUAUUUCACGGGAUGAAGAAGGUGUGGUUACAUGCCUUGAUGACACUCGCCAUGGUCUGACAGAUGGAGAUCAUGUGACCUUCACUGAGGUGCAGGGCAUGACUGAACUCAAUCACUGUGAACCACUAAAAAUCCGCGUCCUUGGCCCUUAUACAUUUAGCAUCGGAGAUACUAGUAAAUAUGCAGAAUAUAUCAGAGGAGGUAUUGUAACUCAGGUCAAAAUGCCCAAAGUUGUAAAUUUUAAAUCCUUGAAAGAUUCUAUUAAAGAACCCGAAUUUGUUAUGACAGAUUUUGCCAAAUUUGACCGCCCACCUCAACUCCAUAGAGCUUAUGCUACUUUGCAUAAAUACAUUGAACAAAAAGGAGAAUUGCCAAAACCUUGGAAUGAGGAUGAUGCUGAAGCAUUCUUGGGUGUAGCAAAAAGCAGUGGUGAUGAUGGAGAUGCUGAUGUUGAUUUAAUGAAACUUUUUGCCAAAAUUUCAGCUGGUAAAGUGCCUCCUUUGGAUGCUGCAAUUGGUGGUAUUGUUGCUCAAGAGGUAAUGAAGGCCUGCAGUGGCAAAUUUUUCCCAAUUUUCCAGUGGUUGUAUUUUGAUGCUUUGGAAUGCCUACCAUCUGACUUGAGUGAAAUUACUGAGGAAGAAUGCAAGCCAACUGGGUCUCGUUAUGAUGGACAAAUUGCAGUGUUUGGUAGUUCUUUCCAGAAACGACUAGGAUCUCUAAAAUAUUUUGUAGUUGGAGCUGGUGCUAUUGGCUGUGAGUUGCUAAAGAAUUUUGCAAUGAUGGGAGUUGGAGCCGGAGAGGGUGGUCAGAUAACUGUCACUGAUAUGGAUCUCAUUGAAAAAUCUAAUCUCAACAGGCAGUUUUUGUUUAGACCCUCUGACGUUCAGAGAGCCAAGUCUAGCACAGCUGCCAAGGUAAUAAGACGCAUGAAUCCUUCAGUUAAUGUUGUGGCUCAUGAAAAUAGAGUUGGCCCCGAAACUGAGAAAACAUAUGAUGAUAACUUCUUUGAAAAUUUAGAUGGUGUAGCCAAUGCCUUGGAUAAUGUGGAUGCUCGAAUCUACAUGGAUAGAAGGUGUGUGUAUUACCGGAAACCGCUAAUAGAAUCUGGAACUCUAGGUACCAAAGGGAACACACAGGUGGUUGUUCCAUUUCUUACUGAAUCGUACAGCUCCUCUCAGGAUCCUCCUGAGAAAAGUAUUCCCAUAUGCACCUUGAAGAACUUUCCCAACGCUAUUGAACAUACACUACAAUGGGCUAGAGAUUGCUUUGAAGGACUGUUUCGACAAGCUGCCGAAAAUGCUGCUCAGUAUUUGGCAGAUCCAAAUUUCGUGGAACGUACUCUGAAGUUGCCUGGUGUUCAGCCUUUAGAAGUCUUGGAAUCUGUUAAGCAGGCUUUAGUUGACCAGAGGCCAAAAAGUUUUAAAGAUGCAGUGGCCUGGGCUAGGUGCUAUUGGCAAGAACAAUAUAAUGACCAAAUUCGGCAGUUACUUUUCAACUUUCCUCCUGAUCAAGUAACUUCAAGUGGCCAACCUUUCUGGUCAGGACCAAAACGCUGUCCUCAGGCCUUGGAAUUUGAUGCAAAUAAUUCUCUGCAUUUAGAUUUUAUUAUUGCUGCAGCCAAUUUAAAAGCAGAAGUAUAUGGUAUCCCUCACUGUACUGACCGUGAAGCUGUUAUUGCAAUGCUGGCUGAUGUCAAAGUUCCCGAAUUCACCCCUAAAUCAGGAGUAAAGAUUGCAGUUACAGAUUCUCAGAUGCAGGUAUCAAAUGGAGCAGGUGCAGUAGAUCAUAUUCGGAUUAGCAAGUUGCAGCAAGACUUACCAUCACGUGAUUCUCUUGGAAGUCUGAAGAUCACACCAAUUGAAUUUGAGAAGGAUGAUGACACUAAUUUCCACAUGGACUUCAUUGUUGCUGCAUCUAAUCUUAGAGCUGCCAAUUAUAAGAUACCUGCAGCUGACAGACAUAAGAGUAAAUUAAUUGCUGGAAAAAUUAUACCAGCUAUUGCCACCACCACUUCUGUUGUAGCAGGCUUUGCUUGCUUGGAAUUAUUUAAAUUGGCCAGAGGAUUUAAAACUCUGGAGCCAUACAAGAAUGGAUUUGUGAACUUGGCUCUGCCUUUCUUUGCCUUUUCAGAACCCAUUGCUGCUCCAAAAUUGAAAUACUAUGAAACUGAAUGGACCCUUUGGGAUCGAUUUGAAAUUGCUGGGGAAUUGACUCUUCGGGAAUUCCUUGAUUAUUUCAAAGAAAAAUAUAAUUUAGAAAUAACAAUGCUGUCUCAAGGAGUAUGUAUGCUGUAUUCUUUCUUCAUGGCCACUGCCAAAUGUCAAGAAAGAAUGUCGCUGCCGAUGUCUGAGGUAGUGAAAAAGGUAUCGAAAAGGAAAAUUGAAUCCCACGUUCGAGCACUAGUAUUUGAGCUUUGCUGCAAUGAUGUUGAUGGAAAUGAUGUUGAAGUUCCUUAUGUUCGCUACACUCUUUCCAACUAA